CAGCUGGUCGCUGAUAUAAAAGCGUCUCAGUUUAGCUGAUGCAACUGUGGAAAGAGACAAAUCAGCACGCUGACCCAGUUAAAGGAGCAGCGCAGGAAAAGCAUCUCAUACUGCCAGGUCGAGCGUUAUCAUUUUAAACUAGCUUAUUGGUAACUGAAGAUGCCAGUGGUCCGUGCCCUGACUAAGGUGGCUAAGAAAGCCCUUCUGGCCCCUGGAUGUGGUUGCCAGAUUUCAGCAGUGGCAGUGCGCCAUGUCAGUUUUUCUCCCCGACAAGUAACCAGUGCAUCAGAUGCCAGCUUUCACUCGGUGUCCUUUUCUGAAACAGAUCACCCAAAAGUCCUUAUCACAGGUGGCCUUGGGCAACUAGGUGUUGGGCUUGCCAAAUUGUUGAGAAAGAGGUAUGGGAAGAACAACGUGAUCCUUUCAGAUAUUAGGAAACCACCGACCCAUGUCUUUCACAGUGGCCCCUUUAUCUACUCUGACAUUUUGGACUAUAAGAACUUGCGAGAGAUUGUCGUGAACAACCGGAUCACCUGGUUAGUGCAUUACAGUGCUCUUCUCAGUGCUGUUGGGGAAGCUAAUGUGGCCCUGGCCCGGGCUGUCAACAUAACAGGUCUUCACAACAUUCUGGACAUUGCUGCAGAACAUGGGCUUCGGCUCUUUGUUCCCAGCACAAUUGGUGCCUUUGGUCCAACUUCCCCUCGUAACCCAACACCUGAUCUUUGUGUGCAGCGGCCUCGUACCAUUUACGGUGUCUCUAAGGUCCAUGCUGAACUAAUGGGCGAGUACUACCAUCACCGAUACGGUCUUGACUUCCGUUGUCUCCGGUACCCUGGGAUCAUCUCUGCAGAUUCACAGCCUGGUGGUGGAACGACAGAUUACGCUGUGCAGAUAUUCCACGAUGCUGUCAAGACAGGCAAGUUCGAAUGCAACUUGAAGCCGGACACGCGACUUCCUAUGAUGUACAUUGACGACUGUUUGCGGGCUACGCUCGAGGUCAUGGAAGCUCCAGCUGAGACACUAUCUAUGCGCACGUACAACAUCAACGCUAUGAGCUUCACUCCUGAUGAGCUGGUGCAGGAGGUUCAGAAACAGCUGCCUGACCUGCAAGUCACAUACAAUAUUGACGCUGUACGGCAGGGGAUAGCUGACAGUUGGCCCAUGAACUUUGACGACUCUAAUGCCCAAAAUGACUGGGGCUGGAAGCAUGAAUACGAUCUGCCAGAGCUGGUUCAGACGAUGCUUAACUUCAUUGGUUCAGAGUCUCAAAUUGCCCAUGCCAACUGAAUCAAAUUUAAGGAAUUGAAGCUUGUACACACAUAUUCUAAAGACUGAUAGCCUUAGAGAACAGAGAUCCCUGGUUUGUAAAUAAUUAUAUGGUCUCUGUCUCUUUUGUGUCUGGAUUAUUUGGAAGGAAGUUAUAAAGAUGGUGUAUAUUACUGUAAGAGAUAUAGCAUUUAAAUGAAUGGUGACUGUCAAUUCUUACAGAAUAUAAUCUCCCAAAUAUCUUUUUAUUUAUUACAUUUGAGUAUUUUUUUAAUAAUUCAAUUGUAAAAGUGAAAAGAAUUUGAAUCAGACAUCGGUCAGGCUCCAAGAUAGUGGAAGCUAAUAAGAUCCUUUUUUCUGUAAAGGAAAUGCAGGUGUUCAGUGGUGGGGCUAAGGGUCGGCUUGGCAAUGGAACCAUUUUUAUAUUCCUUACAUUGUCCUUUCUGCUAUGUAAUGGUUUUAUGAUCUACAUUUUGAGCUCACUGCCUUAUGGUUAGUAGUCCAAUGCCUUAACUACUGAACUACCAUGCAGUGUGUGAACUUGCACCCUUUCUUAAAUUUCUUGUGCACUAUUUAUCUAUUUAUUAGCUUUUGCUGACAUGGAAAUGAUCUUAUUUGUCUUUUUUUUUUCUUAUUGGUAAUGCAUUUGUAUUUUUAUUAUUUGUAUUUCAUAUUAUUAUAUGGACAAUGAUUUCUAUAUAAACCCUUAUUUUUUAAGUAUUUCAUAUGAGCUUGCCAUGUUAAUCGUUAAUUUAUGUACUAAAAUGCUAGGACAGCCUAUUAACAAUGCAAUGAAUUUUUGUUAUCAUAAAAUGUCGGCGAUCAAAGGUUUUGUGAAAUGUAAAAAUGUAAGCAGCUGCUUUGCAUUUGCCGGGGAGUGACAGUCACCCGAGGGUCAACAAGAACAAAAAAGUUAUUAUACAUGUGUUAGAACUUUUAUAUUCACAAACCACACAGUUUCAACAACAGCAUUAAUAAAGACAUCUUAAGACUUUG